ACUAACAUCAGGGAUCUGGAAUUGGAGGUCAGCAGUUUGCAAAAAGAAAAGGAGGAAUUGGCCCUUGCUCUGCACAUGGCAAAGAAGGAUAUCAACCAGGCCAAGCUGAGCGAGCGGCGGCGCAAAAGGCUCCAGGAGCUGGAGGGACAAAUCAACGAGCUGAAGAAGAAGCUGAGUGAGCAAUCCAAGCUCCUGAAGCUGAAGGAAUCCACGGAACACACGGUGUCCAAACUGAACCAGGAGAUCAGGGAAAUGAAGCACCAAAGGGUCCAGCUGAUGCGGCAGAUGAAAGAAGACACCGAGAAAUUCAGGCAGUGGAAGCAAAAGAAGGACAAGGAAGUGAUCCAGCUGAAGGAAAAGGAUCGUAAGAGACAGUACGAGCUCCUCAAGCUGGAGAGGGAUUUCCAGAAACAGGCCAAUGUCCUUCGGCGCAAAACAGAGGAGGCAGCAGCUGCCAACAAGCGGCUGAAGGAGGCCCUGCAGAGACAGAAGGAGGCUGCAGACAAACGCAAGGAGAGUCAGAGCCGGGGCCUGGAAGGAGUGGCUGCCCGAGUGAAGAGCUGGCUGGCAAACGAAGUGGAGGUUCUGGUGAGCACGGAGGAGGCUCGGCGGCACCUCGCAGACCUGCUGGAGGACAGGAAGAUCUUGGCCCAGGAGCUGCAGCAGCUCAAAGAGAAAAAAGAGUCCGGGGAAAACCCACCUCCAAAGCUCCGGAGAAGGACCUACUGCCUGGCAGAGCUGCAGUCCCCAGAGGUGGAUCUCUCCAUAUCCAAGCAGAUAGAAAGCCUGGAAACUGAGAUGGAGCUCAGGAGUGCCCAGAUAGCAGAUCUGCAGCAGAAACUCCUGGAUGCAGACAAUGGGGAUCGUGCCAAGCAGCGCUGGGACAGCAUUGCCACAAUCCUGGAGGCAAAAUGUGCUCUGAAGUACCUCCUGGGAGAGCUGGUCAGCUCUAAAGUCCAGGAGAGCAAGCUCCAGAGCAGCCUGGAGCAGAGCAAAGCCACCUGCUCAGACGUGCAGAAGAUGCUGAUGGAAGAGAGAAACCACAUCACAGAGCUGGAGGCUGAGUUCCAAAAUCAGCUUGUGGUGCAGGAACAGCAACACCAGGAAAAGGUUCUGUACCUGCUCAGCCAACUCCAGCAAAAAGAAGCAGAAGAGAAGAAAUGGGAAGAUUCCCUAAAUGAGCAGGAGAAGCAGCUGCAGGAGCGGCUCAGGUUCCAGGAGGAAGAGAUGGAGAAAAUGAAGGAGGAGAACCAGGAACUCCUCCAGGAAAAUGACUCUCUGAAACAGAAACUGCUGCUCCUCCAAGUUGUCAGUGGCCAGAAGCUCCGGCACAUCCAGCAAAGGCCACCAGAGUCUCCAGACUCUUCUUUUGAUUAUAUCCCAGCCAAACCCAGGGCCCGCCGGCAGACGACGGCCAAGCCGCGCGCGCCCAGCCCGGAGAUGGACCUGGAGGAGCUGCUCUCUGACUCUGGGGACCUGGAAGAUGCUGACUGGAUUCCUGCCAAAGCAGCCAGAGGGGCAAAGAAAAGCCUUACGGGGUGCUCCUGCCGGGGCCGCUGUGGGAACAGGCAGUGUGGCUGCAGGAGGCAGAAGGUGGGAUGUUCCAGCGGCUGCAGCUGUGACCAGGCCACCUGCAGGAACCGGGACCACGCCCUGGAGGCCACGACGUGCGAGGACCCCCAGAGGGACUCUGAGGGCUCCUUGAAGCUGGAAGACCCCACGAUGGUGAAAGCAGGAGAGAGUUUCUUCCAGCCCCUGUGUGUCACUCCAACCACAAAGGUCCUGCAGGACAUCACAGCCCAGGAAGGGCUCCAGAAGAUGCCCAGCUCUCCUUCCUCCUUGCUCCUCAGGGACGAGGAGGCCCAGGAGAACCAGAUCCCCUUUGUCAAGAGGAAGAAGAGGAUGCUGAGCAGCAACAUCAGCUUCUUCUCAGGCUGCACCCCCAUCAAGGAGGAGUUUCAGUGACCUGCCCCAGAGCUGUCCUGACCCUUUAGGCCACAUUCCUGGUGACUCUUGAAGGAGCUGGGCUCUCCUGCUGCAGCAGGAGCCGGGUGCCUUGUGCCUGAUGGCUCCUGCCCUCAGCCAGGGAGUCAGACACUGGGGGUUGUAGUUGUGUCUCUGUAAAUAUUUCUGUGUGGGGCCUGGAGGGAGGGGGACAAACUUUCCUCUGGAAUUCCUGUAGGGAGUGGAGGUGAUGUACCAGGUUGUUGUUCUUGGCUCCCUCCCUCCUCCUGAGCUGUGAACACUAGGUACACUUUAAUCCGGAAUCUUGACACAACUCAGCCUUUGCACUGGAGAUCAGGUCCUGUCUCUUCCCAGGGAGCCUGAGGAACUGUUCCAGCUGCCCUGGGAGAUCCAUGGAGUGAGGACACACUGGCUGUAGUCUUAAACCAGCAGCUGCUCAGGGUUUCUGGCCCCUUUGAGCACUGGUCUGUCCUUAGUCAGUCAAGUUAGAAACUUGUCCUCUGUGAGUAAUUUAGGAAUUUUAACUCUGGGUUUUAGUUUCAAUAAAGAAAUUAGUUUAAAAACUG